AAUUGUGAUAUAUUUAUAUUAGCGCCAUUUUUGAUUACUCUGAAGUAAGUUGCAAUGCCAACAAAAGCAGUUAUAUAUUGCAUUACUUCAGAUCAUAGUCGUAUACUUAUUAUAACCUAAUUUUAUCUGUCAAAUUUUAUAAAUUUACUGUCAUAUAUAUAAAUAUUAUCAUUUAUUACACAUUUGUGGUGUAAAUUGAAGUUAUUUUAGUGGAAUUUUUAAAUUUUCUCAGAAUGGCAGCUAUCGAAUUAUUAGAAGAUAGAGUUAUUGAAUUGGAAAAGAAAAUAUAUGGAUUUACAAAGAAAAAAGAAAAUAAUGAUACGUUGGAAAAUCCUGUGAUAGAUAAUAUUUUGCAUGUAAAUACAUUAGUUUCCUCUGCAAUGUCAGGAAGAGAAAAAGCAAAUCUAAUGAUAAAGCGAUUACCAGAAUUAAAUACUUACUUAGAUCCAAUAAUUGAGAGUUUAGAAAUUCCUAUAGAGGCCAAACUUCAAUUGUUGUUAGCAAUGGCAUCAGAAAUAAAGCAAAAUCAUGAAAUGUUAAAACAAAUGCAAGAAUUAACACCUGUAUUAGAAACUGAUCGUCUAAGAAAUGUACCAGAAUUAACAAACAAACUCAAUGAUUUGAAUUUAUCAUACCUUAAAUUAUAUGAAGAUACCCAAGGAUUAAAUAAUCAUAUAAAUGAAGUUUUUUCCAAAUAUAAUGAUGUAAUAACUAGUAUUUCUAAAUCAUUAAUUACUAUAGAUGCUAUUGUAACAACAGCUGAAAUUGCAGCAAUGCCCAAAAAACAAUUAGAUUAAGGAUUUAUUAUAUAAAUAACAAAGAAUUAUUUAUUGUAUAAAUAACAAUAAAAUUAUUUAUAUUAAAAAUAAGAAAGCUUAAAAUUCAUUUAAAAUACAUUUAUUUUUUAUCUUAGCAUAUAAAAAUACUUAUGCAUUCAUCAAUGACUAUGCAUACAUAAACAUAUUUUAUUAUUGUAUCUCUUCAUAACAAUGUAUUUUAUUAAAAUACUCAUAUAUUAUAUACAUUUAUCUCCUAUCUAUUUUUUAUCCUAUUCUAUUGUUCAUUUCAGAAAUCUUUUUUUAUGAUUUCUGAGACAAACUAUUUAUUAUUCAAUAAUCAAAUGUAUUUAUUCAAUGGUCUCUUGUUUCCAAUAAAUAUUUUCAUUUUGCUGCUACUUUUUGUAAUAUCUAAUAACUGGAUUUAUAUAAACAAUUCACGCAGACAUUACACUCAAUCAGUAAUAUUACACUUCUGCUAAUAUUUCUUUGAGAUAGUAAACUAAAAAGUGUAUGUCAGCAUAAAUCUGUUAGAUACAGUUGUUACACGAAACCUGUUGGGUAUUCAGCAGAAUAAAUGAAUGUGUUAAAUUGUUUUACAUAUUUGAAUACUUGUAAAACAGCAUUCUUAAGAGACCUAAUUUCCUAAACAUGUAAAAAAAAAGUCUCUUACAAUGUUAAGCAUAUUAAACAGUCACUUUAUACAGUAUUUACAAAUAAUCUUAAUUGUAAAUAUCUUGUAUUGCCAAUUAUGUUAUCUCCGUCAUCUUUUUACUUCCUGUGAGCACAACUUGCCACAGAAUAUUAAUUAUCGUAAAGAUAAUUAAAAAAAAAAAAAAAAGAAAUCAUUUAACAUUUAGGAUUUUUCUGAUGCAGAACGAAUUAUGGCCGCGAUUACGUAUUGCUACCUAUCAAAUCCGCGUUCUUUGCAUUUAAAUAGGAACAUACUGUGAAAAACAAAGACGGAUAUAAAUUAAGUACAUUGUUUUUGUUUCAUGAAUUUCAACAGGAACUUUUACACUCAAUAGUUCCUUUUCGAUCGACUUAUUUAAUUUAUUCGUUCGUUCAUUCAUUGUAUCAUUAUGAUCAAUUCGUACGAAUUAAAAAA